CUCACUCGAACAAUUGUCAGGAAGUUUUCAGCUCUUUAUUCUUCGUUUCAUACACCUUCCCCCCUUCAUACAAUUUUAUAUAACAUUUAUUAUCGCUCUUUUCUUCGAAUCAUCUUCUAGUCCAACAAUUUUGUACUUGUUAUCGUUCAUCUUGUCUCUGUUUUAUUUCGUCUGCUCAAAAUACAGAUAAUCCAAAAUGUAUCGCGACAUUGCGCACGCGGUUUACAAGCGGGGUGAAUCCUCGAUGGGAGGCUACGAGAUGCCCGGUUGGGGUUGGGGCCUCAUACUACUCGAUAUCAUAGUAUUCUUGCCUUUGUUCAUGACGGUCAACUAUACCCUCCAGCAUGUGUUCCCUACACUUGCCAUCGUUGAGGAUCCGUCCCCUCCGGCUUACGAGCCCGUCUCGCUGAACGAUGAUGCCCAAUCCCUCGCCGAAGAGAACGCCCCCGUCGCCGAUGAAGCUGCUCGCGGUGGUUCCCAGGCCCGCCUCAUCACCUCAUCCGUCCGUUCAACCUACCGCACUCUAACCGCGAUUAGCGGUUUCCGCUCCCUAUUCCGUGGUCUAGCCUGCUACUUUGCCUUGACUUUCUCGAGCAGCGUCAUCUUCGGUAUCCUAUCUAGCACGUUUGUGCCUUCUCUUAUUGCCGCUCCGAUUUCUGCCGUGGCUCUCGUACAGGUAUAUACGGCAUGGACACAUAUCGUCAUCUCCGCGCCAAGCUCCAAGACUUUCUGGCAGCGUCUGCCUCCCUUCAAGAAGGCCUUCCAGGCUACUGCGCUACCGGUCGUCAUGUUCUUCUUUGCCAAGGAGCUCUCUGCAUUUGUCCCCAAGAUGCUUGCGUACGGCAUGUCCAUGAACUUGCCCGACCCCAAGCGGCCCGGUGUUAUUCCUGAGGGCGAUAAGAAUGACAUCUGGAAGGCGGUCCUAGUUCUUCUCCUGGCUCUUGUCAUGAACAUCUUCCUUGUCAUCCCUACCCAGGUCAUCCUUACCCGAGUCCAGGCUUCCCUUCUUCCCGAUGAGGAUGACACCAUCGUGCCUUUCGACCGUUCGUUCCAGGGUAAGGUAGAGCCUGCUAUUGUUGGCGGCAAGGGUUUUGUCACAAUUAAGGAUGCGUGGCAGUCAUUCCCUCGUGCCUCGUGGAUCCGACUUGUCAAGCUAUACGCCAAGAUCUUCGCAGCUGGCCUCGUCCUUGGUCUCCUCUGGAUGGCUGUUGUCAUUCCUGAGGUGCUGCUUAUCAUGAGUCGCAGCAAGAAGAUCGAGUAAUUCGAUUCAAUUGGCUAAAUGGUUAUAUACCAUUACUUCGCAACUCGCUUCGGUGUUGAUCUAGCCGGUCCUUCUGGUAGGUUUAUACCUGCCAACUAUUAGUGGCUUAGGGAGAUGGCUGGUAGUUGGAGAACUUAAAUUUGUGUUUCUGGGUAAAAUAGGCAAUGUAUUAUGUUAUAUACUAUCCGUGAGAUUUGGGUAGUGAACUAUGAGAUAACGGAAAGAGUUGGUCAUAUCUCAGGUUCAGUCGAACCGUCCAUACAACAGAACAGUAUCUUUCCAAUUAUAUUUUUUCGAUGAAUGCUAGUUUCUCUUACGAGGCUCGGGUCAUACUAGAUAAGAUAUUCUUUACUGUUUAACAUUCAUAGUAAUGAGUGAUCCCUCGAUUGAGAUACCGUAUCUUCUAAAUCAACUAAUAUUUUUAUGGGCAAUUAUUACAUAUUGCGGUAUCAAUA